AUGACAGUUUGGGAAACCCUGAGCUCUUUGACCUUUCCAAAUGUUGCAUCAAAACUCAAGCUCAGUGCUGUUUUGUAUGUCUCUGUUGCAGUGGAAAUAGUUUGUCUGAAGAUAAACUUUGUUCUCAAACUAAACAAGGUGGAGUGUUUGGAGUUGACUCUUAGAUCUCCCCAGAUUCGUGGUCAGGUUGUAAGAGUUGGUAACACAAAGGCAGCAUGUUCCGAGUGGAGUUCAGAGCUACCAGAAGACAGUUUCUCUUCAGAGGGCGAAGCUUUAGAAGCUGACAAUGAGGAUGAGGCGAUGGCCCAUGGCAAUGUGGAUGAAAAUGAAGCAGAAUCCCAAGCUGGCCCAAGUGCGGGUUGGGCAGAUGCCAUGGCCAAAGUGCUUAACAAAAAGAUUCCCAAAAGUAAAUCCACCAUAUUGGUUAAAAGUAAAGAACUGGAGAAGGAAAGAGAGAAAAUAAAAGAAGAGAAGCUAGAGAAAAAGAGGCAGCUUGAUAAAAAGCGGGAGUGGGAAAUGAUGUGCAGAGUGAAGCCAGAUGUUGCCAAAGACAGAGAAACUGAGAGAAAUUUUCAGAGAAUUGCCACGAGGGGUGUUGUGCAGUUAUUUAACGCUGUCCGGAAGCACCAAAAGAACAUCGAUGAGAAAGCGAAAGAAGCAGGGAAUUCUAAUCGGAAACGUGCUAAACUGAUGUCCUCUGUUUCUAAGAGAGACUUCAUCAGUAUUCUCAGAGGGAGUGAAGGAACUAAAAGAGAACAAAGUACUGCUGGGAAGACCUGGAAAAGCAAAUUGAGUCAAGUGAAAUCUGAUGAAGAACCAGCAUGGAACAUACUCCGUGAUGAUUUUAUGAUGGGAGCAUCUAUGAAAGACUGGGAUAAAGAGAGUGACAGGGAAAGUAGCACUGGACAAGAUGGUAGAGUCAGGCAGGAUAGUGAAAGUGACUGAUGGAUGAAAUGAAAGAACAUUCAGGAUGAAAUGUUCGUUUAUUUGGAUAGAAACCUCUACAUUCUGUGAAUGCACAGCCUUGGGGGAUUUGUAGAGAUGCCUCUUUUUAAGGAAAGCAAAGACUUUCUUAGUUUUGGGUGGGGUCCUCUUUCCUCAUCAGCUUCAAACUUUUAUUUACCAAAACUUCACUCUACUGAAAUCCUGAAAUAUUUUCCAAAACAUGUAUAAUUUUCAACAUAUUUCCAAAACAUUUUGUACAGUCAAAAUAGUGGCACCUGUCCAACAAAAGAUAUGUUUUGCCAAGGUCAUUAAAAGUGAAUACAUUA